ACUUCUUUAAUUCACAUACAUACAAACAUGGAUACGACAAUAUCACCAAUGUAUAAGCUAUCUAUUCACGAGCAUCCUCUUCUCCCUUCAGCUAUGUUUAUUGGCGGGAAAUGUGAUGGUUGCCAGGUAGAAGGAGUCAUGUACGGUAGCUACUAUUGCAACGAGGCUAAUUGUUAUUGUCGGUUCCAUAAGGACUGUGCGGAAUCCCCACUAGAGAUCAAUCAUCACCCUUCCCAUCCUGAGCAUCCUCUCUUGCUCACCAAGAUGGCUCCAGCGGAAGAUGGUACUCCAUGUGACUUUUGUGGACAAGAGAUUUUGUCCACAUGUUAUACUUGUCCCACAUGUAAAUUCAAAGUGGAUUUAAUUUGUGGGACUAAACCAUCCCCGUCUGUUAUCGAACAUCCGGUGUGUCAUGACCAUACACUCGUGUUUUUGAAGAAACGAAUGGAGAAAGAUCAGGUCCCUUGUGAAGUAUGCAAGGAAUCUAUCGGCGGACCUUCAUAUUCAUGUCUUAAAUGCAAUAACGUGUACUUUCACUUGGAUUGUGUUCAUCUCUCAAAAGAGGUAGAUCAUCCUUGCCACUAUAGUCACCCCCUUAAGAUCAUGCCAUCUGAAUCACUUGUAGAUGAUGAUGAUGCGCAUAAGAGUUGUAGUUUAUGUUUCGUUCAACCAAAAAAUGUGCUUUAUCAUUGUUCUAUUUGCAAUUUUACGUUGUGCCUUGGUUGUACUAAACGUCCACCACCUCGUGUUGUUAACGACGCCAAGACUCACACCCAUCCACUGACGCUCUUUUUGAGUAAAAUCAAAUUUACUUGCAAGGUUGCUGGAACUGAAAUCGAUAGCUAUAAAUCUUAUAUAUGUCUCAAGUGUGAUUUCGUUGUCUCUAGACCUUGCGUUGGCUUACCCCGCGUCAUACACAUCAAUCGUCACGAUCAUCGCAUCGCUUUUACGCAUCAUCUUGGCCGUAAGGGUGCAAAAUGUGGAGUUUGUCGGAAAAGUUGGUGUGGAACUCGAAGGGAUACCUGAGACCAGGGAAGAUAUUGUACCAUUUAAAGUGGUGGGUGAUAAUCUGAUACGUCAUUUCAUGCAUGAAAAACAUAUUUU